AUGGCCAAGCGGCGGAGUAGAUUUGGUUUCGCUAGGUUCGGCUGCUUCGGGGGCCAAGCUCGGGCGGAGAAGAUGGCAGAGGAUGGGUACCCGGUGAAGCUGCACAUCUACGAUCUUAGCCAAGGGAUGGCGCGGCAGCUCUCGGCGACGAUCCUCGGCAAGGCCAUCGAGGCUAUUUGGCACACCGGUGUGGUCGUCUACGGGCGGGAGUACUACUUUGGCGGCGGCAUCCAGCAAGGCCAGCCCGGCCGGACGCCCUAUGGCACCCCCAUCCGUGUGGAGGACCUGGGCGUGACCCACGUCCCCAGGGAGGUGUUCGAGGAGUUCCUCCGGGAGAUCGGCCCGCGCUACACCCCUGCCACCUACAAACUCCUCAGCCACAACUGCAACAACUUCAGCAACGAGGUCGCGCAGUUCCUCGCUGGCGCCGCCAUCCCCAGCUACAUCCUCCAGCUUCCGAACCAAGUGAUGAACAGCCCGGUCGGCGCGCUGAUAUUGCCCAUGAUCCAGGGGCUGGAGACGAGUUUGGGAGCUGGGGCUGUGCCGCAACCGCCGCAAUUCAGUCCGGCUCCUGCCCCGGUUGGCGCCACCACCGCGACUCGGGCGCUGACGAAUGACGUGGUGCCAAGAUCGACGACGACUGCUGCUGAUAAACCGGAGGCUGCCAAGACAGCGAACAGUGGCAGUGCCAAUGACAGCACGGCCGUUCCACCGGCAGUGCAGCCCGCAGCAGCACCGGCGGCAGCCGCCGCUGAGGUGAGCAGCGCGGCGCCUACGGUUUCAACCAAGUUGGCGGCGCCUCCUCCAGACCCCCUUGCGGCGGCGAAGAGCCGGGUGCAGGAGGAGAUAAAGCGCGAGUUCGCGGCCAUCAUGGCGGCCGGCACGGCGCGUGCCGGCGAGGCCGCCGCGCUGGCCACGCGCAGGGUCAUGGAGCGGCACGGCCUGCAGCGCGCCGCUGCCGCUGCCGCUGCCGCGCAGCGAGGGUAG